GCAGUGAGCAGUGGUGUAACACUGUAACUGUUGAAAUAUUCUGUACGUCUUGUUUGUGUGUUAUAACUAGCUAGUAUCACCGUAACGUUUGAAUCGCCGCUCAGUGCUGUAACAUUAGCUACAGGCAUCGCUGUUUGAGGAGGGAGACUGCACUUUGCAAUGAAAGCGGGCGUCCACUGCCGUUGUUCAAAAUGCUACACUGUCCCGGCUCGGAAGCGUGUGCGUAAGCGAACCCCAGCCCUCACGUUGCUGUCUCUGCCUGAGGAGGUCCUCCUCUGUGUGCUCCAGUGCCUCUCCGCUGAGGACCUGCUGUCUGUCAGAGCCGUUCACUCCCAGCUGCGGGACAUCGUUGACAACCACUCCAGUGUAUGGGCCCGCGUCAGUUUCAGGGACACGUGGCCAUCCCCCAACACCUUAUGGCUGUUUGAGAGAGCUGCUGAUAAAGGGAAUUUUGAAGCUGCUGUGAAGCUAGGGAUUGCUUAUUUGUACAACGAAGGACCAUUGUUGAGCGAUGAGGGGCGAGCCGAUGUCUGCGGCCGCAAGGCCUCGCACUUCUUCAGCCUGGCAGAGAGCCUGCGCUCUCCCACGACUGAUCCCUUCAUCUGGGUGUUUAUUCGCCCGCCGUGGUCGCCCACCGGCAGCUGCUGCAAGGCCGUGGUGUUUGACCGUCUCAAAGCGGAGUGUGACAACAACGUGGAGAAGAGAGGACCCUUGUUGCACUGUUUGGCCCGAGUUUUGCAGCUGUUUGAAGGCGAAGAGAGACGCUCGGAGGCCGUAUCUAUGUUGGAGCAGUCGUCGCAGGCUGGCUGUCUACAGAGCUCCUACAUGCUGUGGGAGCACAACCGGAAAGCAGCGGUGGCCGAUCCAGGCAGGUACCUCCAGUGUAUCCGAACCCUCAGGGACUAUGCUGGCAAAGGAUGCUGGGAGGCACAGCUCUCCUUGGCUAAAGUGUGCAGCGGUGGGAAUCCGCUGGGUCUGGAGGCAAAGGCCUGCUCUGACCUGGUGGCUCAGCUCUUCGGGUCCUCUAACCCGGCAUCACGACACUGCGCUCAGGGCAUCCUGAGGCAAGGCAUCAAGGACACCAUGAGGUACAUCCUGGUGGACUGGCUCGUGGAGGUGACCACCAUGAAGGAUUUCUCCAGCCUGACACUGCACGUGACCGUGGGUUGUGUGGACCGCUACCUGGCUCUGCGCUCGGUCCCCAAGGCUCGCCUCCAGUUAUUGGGAAUCGCCUGCAUGGUAGUUUGUACACGCUAUAUCAGUAAAGAAAUCCUGACCAUACGUGAAGCUGUCUGGCUCACAGACAACACCUACAAAUAUGAGGACCUGGUUCGAAUGAUGGGGGAGGUCGUCUCUGUGCUGGAGGGAAGGAUCAGGAGCCCCACGCUGCUGGACUACGGUGAGGUGCUGCUGUCGCUGCUCCCUCUGGAGAGGCGGACCGCUCACCUCUUCAGCUACGUCUGCGAGCUGUCGCUGCUCUACUCCGCUCUCGCCUCUCCACCGCCCUCCAAACUGGCCUGCGCUGCACUACUGCUUACACGAGCGCUACAUCACUAUGCUCCCGUCUGGCCCAGCCAGUUAGUCGACUACACCGGCUUCUCCAAGGAGACCCUGGCCUCUCUGUCUGUGCUGCUGUAUGUCAAGUGUUUCAGUGACGACGUUCCCAAAGAUUACAGGCACGUGUCUCUCACUGGUGUUAAGCAACGGUUUGAAGAUGAGGCCUUCCAGCACAUCAGCAAAGAAAAGGUGAUGGAUUUCAAAGAGCUGUGUCAGAUCUUGGAGAUUCCUGAGGUGGAGCCUGAGAUGGAGCCUCCCAGUCCCACGGGUCAACCAGCGGACAUCCACACCUUCCUCGCCUCUCCGUCCAGCACCAACAAGAGGAGGCGCGAUGACGCCAUGCAGGCCCACAGAGCCGGCUUUGUGGCCACACCCACAGCGGAGCUGUCCAAUCAGGAGGAGACGCUGCUUGGCGACAUAUUGGACUGGAGUCUGGACACUUCCUCCUCCGGUUAUGAGGGGGACCGGGAGGAGGAGAGCGAGGGAGAGAGAGACUGCGAUUCCUCCAUGAUAUCCAUCAAACUGCACUCGGUGACCGACGCAGACGUGAGACUGGAGCACUGCAGAGCCUUGUCCAGCGACGAAGACAGCUUCUCUGAAGCGGAAAGGGAGGUGAGCAAGGACCGCAAAGACGAGGAGCCCCUCCCCUUCCCGACAGACCAUCACAGUUCAGGAUACUCCUCCGUCCAGAGUGUUAGCCCCUCGUCCACGUGCUGCUCCGCUACCCUCAUGCCUUGCACAUUCAAGACCGUUACCACUUCCCCGGGCACCGCCUCCGCCAAUGCCCAGCCAGGCUUCCGCCUUUUGGUGCCCAUGCAGAGACCCCGGGGCACCUCCACCAGACAAGUGAAGAGGAAGAACUCGGCAGCUCAUAGCGGAGGUGAGGUGGAAAGAGAAGAGGAGGAAGGAGACGAGUAUUCUGCCAAUGCAGGGUUUCUGAGCCUAUAGACGGAGGGGUUGCCCAGAGACCCCCCCCCUCCCCUCCCUCAGUUAUGAUCCGUCAGCACUUUUCUUCAGUUCUCAAUGCUGUUACCUGUCAGCCCGCACUGAGCCGUCAAUUGCCUGAAGAUCAAGAGGCUUUCAAGGAAGGGAAAACAAAUGAAUUAGCAGGAAACUCGCCUUUGUAUCACGUUUCAUUUCAUUUACACGUUUACAGACACAAUCACAUACCUCCCAUAAACCAAGCCGGUCCGCUCUGAAACCACUGGAACACGACUCGACUCUCCUCAGGAACCGUUCUGUUGGUCUACAGCCUUCUGCAACAACAGAUCUCAGAUCGUUGUAAAAGAAAUGAAACCUCGCGGGCUCGUUUCCGGGGGGGGGGGGGAGGAGAAGAAGAAGAAGAAGAAAGUGUUCAUUGUUCAAAUCAUAUUGUACUGAAAUCUUAAACAUAGCUGUCAUGUUAUUGUGAUUGUUUUGGUUAUCAUAGUUAUCUGAUACGCACUGUACAAGACUAUCUUGUAGUUGGUGAAUGUCAUCAAUAGGGGACGGGAAUGUCUGCAUCUGAAGCCUAAAAAAAAAAAAAAAAAAAUGAUUGUAUGAACUCAUUUUGUUGAGUUUUGUCCUUUUUUAGUUCUACGUGUUUGCCAAAGGUACUGUUGUGGUGUCACUCGCAUUUUCAGGGUCAUCUACUUUCAUAGAAACAGAGCUGUGAAAUGACUUUUCUUUUAGUAGUCUGCAUCUUCUAGAGUGCAUAUAUUUGCAUAUUUUUUCAUCCAUAUUACCUGAGGAAGUUAAAGAUAAAGUGUUCUCUGCAUAGAUUUAAAUGUGCGGAUAUCUACCCUACCAGUUUGAUCCAUAUUACCUAAAAGACCUUUAGCGCACUAAUCCCAUCAGGAACAACAUGUUGUUAAGAUGUUAACUGUUGAGAUGUUGACAAUGUGUGCUGAUAAUGUAACCAACCAAGAAUCACCAGCUGGAUGAGUGUCGUAGCCUAUCGUCCAGAUGUGUUAGUGUGACACAGUCUUUAACUAAUCAGCUCAAAUGUAACGAGGCACUCGAUGCAUCAUGAAACUCUAACAUGCUGUGAAGUGAUAAGUUGGAUUUAACCCACUUUUCCUCCCGUCGGAAUUAGGUCUAGCACUUUUAUCAUCGCAUUCAAUGAAAUGUAACAAUUUCCCCGCUUGAACAAUCAAUACGUAAGUGUUUUUGUAUGGAUUUGCUUUGCCUUCUUGGAGUGAAAGGGAACUUCAGACACUAAAGGGACAUUUUUUUACCUGACGGUGUUUUGAAAGUGCUGUACGCCUCAUUCAGGACACAAAAGUCUGUGACUGACUGUAAAUCCAUUUUUAACUGUUAUGCCCAGCUGGUUAUAACCUGUUUUAUAACCUAUGUUUUAAAAUGUACGUAGUACUAUAUGUAUACAUGGAGAAAGACGAAGGAACAUGCCACUACUACUUGAAAUUGUUUUCGCUUCAUUCCAAAAAGGCAGUUCUCUUUGUGAAACUUGUGUUUUUCUACAGUGCAGUGUUUUCUCUAUCGACCUAUGAUGUGAA